CGGCGGGGCCAUACUGAGUGAGGAGGAUUUGGCGCCCGUUCUCCACCAGUUCAAGAGCGACCUCAUGAGCAAGAACGUCGCCGCGGAAGUGUCGAACAAGCUGGCGGACUCGGUGCGAACAGCGAUCGUGGGCAAAAAGACGGAACGGUUCACCUCUAUUGCGAAGACGGUGAAGGAGGCGCUCAAAGAGUCCAUCGAGACGUUGCUGACACCGAAGAAGUCGGUCGACGUAUUGCGAGCGGCGAUGGCGGCCAAGAACGCGGGGCGUGUCUACGUCAUCGUUUUCCUGGGCGUCAACGGCGUUGGGAAGUCCACCAACUUGGCCAAGGCUGGGCUUCGGCGCCUCUUGCGGGCAGGGGACCGGCGGUGCGACCGUGGCGUUCCAGUUCGUGCUGGAAGUUUUGGGCGCGAGGGGCU